AUGGCCAAGAUUAAGAAGAAGGGAGAGUCCGGUGCGGCCAAGAACUACGUGACCCGUAACCAGGCGCUCAAGAAGCUCCAGGUGUCGUUGUCCGACUUCCGCCGCCUGUGUAUUCUCAAGGGCAUCUACCCGCGCGACCCGCUGCACAAGAAGCGCGCUAACAAGGGCUCGUCUGCCCCCGCCUCGUUCUACUACCACAAGGAUAUCCAGUACCUCCUCCACGAGCCACUGCUCGUCAAGUUCCGUGAGCACAAGGCGUUCUCGAAGAAGCUCGCGCGCGCCGUUGGACGUGGCGAGUGGGGCCUUGCCAAGAACCUCGAGAAGAACAAGCCGAUUGCUCGCCUCGACCACAUUGUCAAGGAGCGCUACCCGACGUUCACGCUCGCGCUGCAGGAUCUCCAGGACCCGCUCAACCUCGUCCACCUCUUCAGCAAGCUCCCGACGAACCCCAUCCCGGGCAAGACUCUUGUGCCGUCCGAGGUCAUCGCCGAGUGCGCGCGCCUCAACAACGAGUGGAAGGUGUGGGCGAUCCGCACGCAUGCGCUCCGCAAGGUCUUCCUCGGCAUCAAGGGCGUUUACUAUGAGGUCGAGGUGCCGGGCCACGGCGGCGAGCCUGUGACCGUUCGCUGGCUCGAGGGCUACGAGUUCCAGCAGCACGUUCCCCACGACGUUGACUUCCGCAUCCUCCUCACGUUCCUCGAGCUGUACCGUACCGUCUGCAGCUUUGCGCUGUACAAGCUGUACACGGACGAGAACCUCGUGUACCCUCCACCUCUCGAUGUCGAGAUGGACGAGCGUGGCGAAGCGGUGGGCGCCUUCCGUCUCGUCGAAAACAAGACGACGAGCGCCGCGCCGGCAGCCGUCUCGAAGAAGGCUGUGAAGCGCGCGAUCAAGGGCAUCGCCGAGUCCGGGCUUGCGGGUGACGACGAGGACAUCGAGAUGGACGACGCCAAUGGCGCCGAGGAGGAGGACGAGGAGUUUGUCGAGCGUCCGUCCAAGAACGCCGAGGUCGAGGACGUCGCAACCGGUGUACUGCCAACGUACACGUCGCUGCUGGCCAAGUCUGAUGCGAGCGCGAACAAGGACAAGCUCCUGUUCUCGCCGUACACUUUCUACUUGUCGCGCGAGACGAGCUCGAGGACGUGGGAGUUUGUCAUCCGCGCCAUGGGUGGCAAGGUGGUCACGUCCUUGUCGGCACCGAGUCCCGGCGCUGCGCCCAACGCCGACGCGAUCACGCACGUGCUCAUCGACAGGCCGAUGACUGACGAGCGGAGGCGCGAGCUUCAGGGUGGGCGCAAGUGGACUUGGGUACAGCCGCAGUGGGUCGCCGAUUGCGUCAACCGCGCCAAAGUUCUGGGGACUGAGGAAUACGGGCCGGGUAAGCUCCUCCCGCCCCAUCUGAGCCCAUGGGACGGCGACGGCGAGCCUGAGAGGCCGUGGCUCGAGGCGGGCGAGGGCGAGGUCGCCGCUGAGGGUGUCGAGGAGGAGGAGGAGAGCGAGGACGACGAGGAGGAGAAGGAGGAGGAGAAGGAGGAGGAGCCGGCGUUCCCGCCAGCAUUGCUCGAGGCGGCCAAGAACCCGUCCGACGCAGCACUGGUACACGCUGCCGAGCUUGAGGCCGAGGCGAAUGGGACUAGCCACACGGCAUUCAAGGCGCAGCUCAAGGAGGCGACCAAGGUGCACGGCGGCAACAAGGCGGCCGCAAAUGGGCGCGCGGACGAGGACCUGCGCAAGAUCAUGAUGAGCAACAAGAAGGCCAAGCUGUACGAGAAGAUGAAGUACGGGAACGCGGAGCGGCAGGCUGAGAAGGAGAAGCUUGAGACUCGCCGUCGCGAGAUUGAGAAGCGCAAGCGCAAGGAGGCCAAGGCUGGCAAGAAGGCGUAA